AUGAGUACAUGAACCUCACUGCCGUGUUGUUUCUGAUAUUUUAUUCCAGUGAUGGCACUGACUGAGCAGGGGGAAUAUACCUAUAGAUACAAAGACCUCUCUCAUCCUAUAGAAUUUUUGGAUGCAUUCAGGACGUUCUAUCUUGAAGGGUUAUUCACUGAUAUUACCCUUCAGUGUGCACCGGGUGUGCUAUUCCAUUGCCAUAAAGCUGUACUAGCUGCUUGUAGCAACUAUUUCAAAGCCAUGUUUACCUCUGACAUGAAAGAAAAGUCAAAGGAUCAGAUUCAUCUUUCUUUGUUCAGUCCUACAAUACUGGAAUCCCUGGUGAUGUACACGUACACAUCAGAGAUCCAGAUAACAAAACAAAAUGUUCAAAGCCUCCUUCAAGCUGCUGAUCAUCUUCAGUUUACUUCCGUCAAAAAAGCCUGUGAACAAUUUCUCAUCAGACAUUUAGACCUUGACAACUGUUUAGGUAUGCACUCCUUUGCAGAAUUCCAUGUCUGUUCAGAGCUGGAGAAGGAAUCGAGAAGGAUAAUAUUGUCCAGAUUUGAAGAAGUGUGGAGACGGGAAGAAUUUCUAGAGAUUAGCAACAAGAAACUCCAGUUCAUCCUCUCCAGAAAGAAUCUUGAUAUAUGGAAAGAAGAAGCAAUGAUAGAGCCCAUUGCCAAGUGGAUUGCCUAUGAGGUGGACAGCAGGAUCGAACACAUUUAUGAUCUGUUGAGGUGCCUUGAAACUGAUUUAGAUGAAAUGUACUUGAAAUCAGCCCUAAGCUUGUACAAGACAUGCCAGUUAAAGGAAAAUAAAAUCAGAUCUCUAAUACGUAGUGUAUUGGGACCCAAGCCAAGAGCAGUUACAAAAAGAUCUACCACUAUUAUGUAUGUGAUUGGGGGCUAUUACUGGCACCCUUUGUCUGAAGUCCACAUAUGGGAUUCAGUAAACAAUGUUUGGAUCCAGGGAACAGAUAUGCCAGAUCACACACGAGAAAGCUAUGCAGUCACAAGCCUGGGACCCAAUGUUUACGUGACUGGAGGUUACAGAACAGAUAAUAUAGAAGCCCUUGAUUUAAUGUGGAUAUACAAUUUUGAAACCGAUGAAUGGACUGAAGGCCAUCCCAUGCUUAAUGCAAAAUACUACCACUGUGCAGUUACCUUAAGUGGUUGUAUCUAUACUCUGGGAGGUUAUCGAAAAGGGGCUCCGGCUGAAGAAGCGGAAUUCUAUGAUCCUUUAAGAAAGAAAUGGUUCCCAAUUGCAAACAUGAUUAAAGGUGUUGGAAAUGCCACUGCCUGCGUCCUGAAUGAAGUCAUCUAUGUCACCGGAGGCCAUUAUGGUUAUCGGGGAAGCUGCACUUAUGAUAAAGUUCAGACAUAUAAUUCAGAUAUUGAUGAAUGGAGUAUAAUCACCACAAGUUCGUACCCAGAGUAUGGAUUAUGUUCCAUUGCACUGGAAAACAAGCUGUAUCUUGUGGGUGGUCAGACAACAAUCACAGAUUGUUACGAUCCUGAGCAAAAUGUGUGGACUCAAAAGGCUGAUAUGAUAGAAAGAAGGAUGGAAGGCAGUGCAGUCGUCAUGAAUGGAUGUAUCUAUGUGACAGGAGGCUAUUCCUCUUCCAGAGGUUCUUACCUACAGAACAUUGAGAAAUAUGAUCCUGAAAGUAAUAAAUGGGAAAUUGUGGGGAAUCUUCCUAGUGCUAUGCGUUCCCAUGGUUGUGUAUGCGUAUACAUUCUGUAUGAUGAGGAAAAUGUCACUUCUGUGACUGGAACUACAGCAUAAGCCACCACGUACCACAAGAAUUUGCCUUCAGGAAACAAAAAUGUCUUUCAGUAGCUCAGCAGUUACAGAUUAGAAGAUAACUAACAUCACAGUUCAAUUUAAUUAAUAUUACUAAUUCACUCUACUUUACAAGUGACCCAUAUAUUACAAAUAUUAUUUGUCAGAUUCAAAACUGCUAAAUGUUUAUUGCUGUCCUUGUCAUCAAAGGGGACUCUAGGUGGCUUACAAUCAAUCAAUGAAACACCAACAUAAAACAUUAAAACAAUAAAUAGUAACAUUAAAUUUGAUUUAAAAUUGACGAAGGGAUGGAGCA